UGAAAUAAACCAAGGAGCGGCAAACAUGACCAAUGAAUCUCUUUAACUUGAUGUUAAUAGCUUUAAAAGCCUUUUGUAUGUACUGCAAUUUGCUUUUGCGAUUUGGGAAAAUAGCAUCCAGAAUUGUAAAUCACACUGUAUAUGUGUCGGUGAUUACAUCUGUUUAUCCAUUGAUGAUGUAUGUUGAAGGUAUGUGCUAAUGCGAUGCUUAUGUGAUUGAUGUCAAAGAGAUCUUCUUGGUUCAUGGUUGCUGCUCCUUUAAUUAUCCCAGUUGUAUGGUAUACAUUAGUUUUAUACUUUGCUCGUUGGUUUUUUAGUGUGUUCCUCUUGCUCCAAUUGAUCCAAGUGUUCAACCCAAGCCAACGAUGGGAUCCGUGGUUGUGUUUUCGGUGAGUGGCACCACGAGAUCACCGACCCAGACGAUAUAAACUCGCUGCCUUCACCAGAAUAGCAUAUGCAUGCUACACCGGCCUGUGGGCCCCCAUACGCCCACCCAUGGCCUGCAAGGCCAU